GGACUAUAUAUACGAUUCAUAAAGAGUCACAAUAAUAACAUUUUUUUUUCCUUGCUACGCGAUACCAUACCGUAGAUUAGUACGCGUGUCCUAAAAUUAACUGGGAAUUAUUUAGCCUUUCAAGAUGAUCUCUCUUAAGUCAUUGUUUGUCCUCUGUCUGGUAUCACUGUGCUGUUUUGGAUAUGUUACUGGAGAGAAAAGCAAGAAACUACAGAUCGGUGUGAAGAAGAAGGUGGAAAACUGUUCUUCAAGAUCACGCAAUGGAGACCGCCUUUCCAUGCAUUACACUGGUAAAUUAGAAGAUGGAACAGAAUUUGAUAGCAGCAUUCCAAGGAAUCAACCCUUUGACUUUACACUUGGAGCUGGGCAAGUUAUUAAAGGCUGGGAUCAAGGUCUGCUGAAUAUGUGUGAAGGAGAGAAGAGGAAGCUUGUUAUCCCAUCAGAUCUUGGUUAUGGUGAUAGGGGAGCACCCCCUAAGAUCCCAGGUGGAGCCACUUUGAUCUUCGAAGUAGAACUACUGAAGAUUAAUAGGAAAGAAACAGAUGAACUAUGAUAUCACCACUUUCUAUUUCAAUUUCAUUUAUUUCUUCAUCAUUUAUCACUUAGAUUUCAAUUCUUUUAUUAUUCAGGUAUUACCUCUAGUUAUCUCUUUUUUUGGGGGGUUAAAUUUUACAACAUUUAUUUUGAUUAACUUAUAAUUUGGUGAUAAAAUAUUUACAAAUUAACUUACAUAACAUUUUGAAAAUUAUUUAUAGCUCUUUUUUUUCUACUUCUGUUAUCUCUAGAUACUCUGUUCAGUCUUACCCUACCCCUACUUGCCUGUCUGCCCCCCCCCCUCGCUCUCUCUCGCUCUAUUUCUGUCUUGCUCAUCAUCAUCCCAGUUGCCCCCCCCCCCCUUUUCUGCAGUUGUGAUUUUUUUUAAAUUCAAACAAUGAUUUGGUGUUCUUGUUUAAAGUAAUGAACACAAUAUAUUCAGAAACAGUUCUACUUUGGUGCCUACAUGACUAACAUUGUUUUAUACAGGAUAAUUCCUCACAUUUUUGUUACAUGUACUCUUUUAUAAUGUACUAGUGCUUGAUGCAAAACAUAUACAUAUACACAUGUUUGUAACCUCUUUAUUGGAGUAUAAAUCAAAUCGUUGAAGAGUAAAACUAUUAUGUUUGUAUGUUAUUUUUAUUUCUAUAACAUGUGGUUCCCUUAUACUAGUAGUUACAAGUGGUAUCUUUAUAAUUGUGUAUGAUCAUGUUUAUCAUAUUAAAAGAUGACCAACAUAUGCAUUUUAAGUCACUUUUAUCAAAAGUUUGGACAGUUUUGGAGGGAAAUGAAUUACUCUGAAAAUGUGUUAAGGACAAAAUUACUUCACAGAUUGAAAUAAAUUGAAAGUAGGGCAUGAAUACAUUUCUUAACCUUAUAAGAAUAACAUCCUUUUAAGUCUGCAAGAGUUUAACAUCACAACAUCUUUAAGAUGUAGGCCUAUUCUAUCUUGAUCCAUAUUGCCAGUAACAUGCUUGGAAUGUUUGUUUCAUAUAAUCAUAUCCUAUUAAUGUAUGCUAUGUUAUUGAUUUUGUGUAUCAUAUAAAAAGCAUGAUGUCAGAAGCAAUAAGUAAAAAAUGGUACGAAUCUA